AUGGUGAAAGACCCAGAACCUUGGCAUAGACUUAGUGGUGAUGACCACAUGGAUGACAAUGGUGGCAGCCAUAAGAUUAGAAAUGUAGUGGAAGCAGCAUUAGCUGUAGUAAUGAGCACAAGGGAAAUAUCAACAGCAGCACCCAGGCCCCAAGCAGCAGAGGUGCAGUCGGGGGAGACCCAGGAGCAAGCCCCGCUGGUCACCGCCGUCGGGCUAUGUAGAGGCGCCCCCUGGCGGCAGCCGCUAAAACUAAGAGAGCAGACUCGGCACCUACCAGUCUCCGUCCCGGAGAGCACCCCAGCAGGCCCCCAAGUGUGGGUCAAAAGAGACGCCUGGCGCUCGGGACACUCCCAGGACAGGCCUCCGCUGCACGAGGCCCGCACCCUUCCGUCGGCGGCCGAGCGGGGCUCAGGAGCGGAUCUCUCCAUUAAAAUUUACCAUUCUGAAACUAAAGACAUAGACAAUGCCCCAAGAAUCGAAACAACCGAAAGUGCUGCAAAAAUGCACAAAAUGUCAACCAUGAAACGAAUAUUCGAUUUGGCCAAGCAUCGACCAAAAAGAUCAACAUUUUUCCCAACCGGGGUUAAAGUCUGUCCACAGGAAUCCAUGAAACAGAUUUUAGCCAGUCUUCAAGCUUAUUAUAGAUUGAGAGUGUGUCAGGAAGCAGUGUGGGAAGCAUAUCGGAUCUUUCUGGACCGCAUCCCUGAUCCGGGGGAAUACCAGCACUGGGUCAGCAUCUGCCAGCAGGAGACUUUCUGCCUCUUUGACAUUGGACAAAAUUUCAGUAACUCCCAGGAGCACCUAGAUCUUCUUCAGCAGAGAAUAAAACAGAGACACUUCCCUGAGAGAAAAGAUGAAAUGCCUACAGAGGGGACAUUAGGAGAGCCUGCUGAAACCCCUGUGUUUUCUACGGAUGUCGCCAAUGUCUCACUCGGACCGUUCCCUCUCACUCUUGGUGACACGUUCCUCAACGACACCGUGAUGCCUACAACAGAAAGGAAAAUAGAACCCACUGAGGUAUCCGAAGGCCCAAUGGAGCAGAAGGUGGAACUGAGCAUCAUUCUAGCAAACCAGAGGUUCACAGCAGAGCUCGCUGACUCCCAGUCCCCAUAUUAUCAGGAGCUGGCCACAAAGUCUCAACUCCAGAUGCAAAAGGUAUUUAAGAAACUUCCAGGACUCAAAGAAAUCCAUGUGCUAGGAUUUAGACCAAAGAAAGGAAAAGAUGGUUCAAGCUCCAUUGAGAUGCGACUUAUGGCCACCUUUAAGAGAGACAGUGCAGAAGCUAAAAGUACAGCAAGUGACCUCCUUUCUUUUGAUUCCAACAAAAUUGAGAGUGAAGGAGUCGCUCAUGGAAUGACGGAGGAAGACAAGCAACCAGAAAUCUAUCUCACAGCUUCAGACCUCAAAAAGCUAAUCAGCAGAGCACUAGAGGAAGAUAAAUCCUUGGAUGUGGAAACAAUUCAGUUCACUGAUGAAUUUUUGGGGUCAUUGUCAAGUUCUGAUCCCGACUUCCAGUCGGUGCUGCCCACACUCCUUGCCGAUAUCACAAAGGAUGCUACUUUGAGUCCAAAACUUCCUGUUGAUCAAUCCAGGCUUGAGGCAGUGGAUAGAACAGGACACAGUACACCUGAUCGUUUCUUGGAGAAUAUCACACCUGGCCCUGCUUUACAGUACGUCACCACUAGUUCUAUGACCAUUGCCAGCAAGGGCCAAGAGCUGGUGGUGUUCUUCAGUCUGCGAGUUGCUAACAUGCCCUUCUCCGACAACCUGUUCAACAAGAGCUCUCUUGAGUACCGAGCUCUGGAGCAACAAUUCACAAAGCUGCUGGUUCCAUAUCUACGCUCCAAUCUUACGGGAUUUAAGCAACUUGAAAUACUUAACUUCAGAAAUGGGAGUGUGAUUGUGAAUAGCAAGUUGAAGUUUGCUAAGUCGGUGCCAUAUAACCUCACCAAGGCGGUGCAGGGGGUCUUGGAGGAUUUUCGUUCUGCCGCAGCCCAACAACUUGACCUGGAGAUAGACAGGUAUUCCCUCAACAUCGAACCAGCUGAUCAAGCGGACCCUUGCAAAUUCCUGGCCUGUGGCGAAUUUGCCCAGUGUGUAAAAAAUGAGUGGACCAAGGAAGCAGAGUGUCGCUGCAGAGCAGGUUAUGAGAGCCAGGCGCGCCUGGACCGCCGGGACUCUGGCCUCUGCACCCCCAGAGAGGGCUGUGAGGCCAUCCAGGGGAAGGGAGCUCCGUGCAGGUCACCAGGUCACUCUAAAAAUCAAGCCUACAAAACUAGUGUGAAGAAGUUCCAACAUCAGCAAAAUAACAAGAUAAUCAGGAAAAGAAAUUCUGAAUUACUGGCUGAAGGAUAUGAAGAUUUUAACUCUCAAGACUGGGAAGGAAAUUAAAAGCUAAAAAUAUACAGAUUAUAAUUUAAUCUGUCUCAAGAGAAAUAGAUUGCUUUUUCAAGGAAAAUUGUAUCCACUCUGUUAAAAUUCUGAAAACAUAGGCAGGCAUAUUUACUGGUCAUCUGAAUCCAGUCAUAUAGUCAACACUGAGAACCAGCACACACACCAUGUUUCAA